CAUCGAUCUACGCAUUUGGGAUACGAUGACAUCCAUCUACCAACGGACGCUCGUCUUUGGAUCAGCAUCAUUCAUCAGUUGGGCUGUGACGUCGUUCCUAUGCCACCAGUCUACCUAUAUGUUCUUGGGGACAUCCGGCAAAUUCCUGGGUAAUGGGCUUGAUAGGUUCAUAUGGGCGAUCAUCAUCACACUAUGUCAGGUUACCAUGUGCUAUCUGCUCACCGAUGUACACCUCUGGGACCCACGUUCCACAAAGGCAAAGAAGAUAUUGUGGGUGAAAGUUGCCUGCCACGUGUUGGCCACCAUGGCUACAAACUACAGCAUGACGUUGGUACAUGCGUCGUCCACAUUCGCCAUAAAGCUCCUGGAACCAGUAACGAGUGCCAUUAUUCAGCGUCUGGUUUUAGGAACAUCUCUGCCACCCUCCAUCUAUGUCACUCUUCCUCUCAUCAUCGGUGGUGCUGUAGGUUUUUGUGGAAAUUCCUUUAAUACGUCCUUGACAGCUGCUGGCGUUGCCAUGGCCUUUACGUCCAAUAUAAUACUGGCCUUCAGAAACGUGGCCAUCAAAUUGGAACAGAAGGACCCUUCCACUCAACAUGUCCAGCUGAGACCGAAGAUAUUGGUCUUCAGCAUUGCAGGUGUUUGUGUUACACUGGUUGUUGGCACUAAAUACCUUGCUUCACAAAAAUUUGUGUCGACAUCUUUCUCAUUCUUGGUUGAAACAGCAUUGUGCUCCAGCGUCUUCCACGUCAUCUACUCCUACAUCUCAACCAACGUCGUGCUGCUCUACAUGUCUGUUGUCAGCCACUCCGUCGCCAACAUCUUCAAGCGGAUCCUCGUUGUGCUGCUGCUUUACUCAGUCGGACAAAGGGAGGCAACACUUGCUAACUUCUCCGGACUUGGCAUCUGUUCCCUUGGUUUAAUUAUCUAUGUCUUGGACAAGAAAGGAAACACCUACUCCUCCAUUUUCUAUACACCAUCAAAGAUCAUUAGAACACGCAUCUUGGGACUUUGCUUUCUCUGUUUCUGUUUUAUCAUUGUGAGAUACAAUGACGUCAACACAAACAACGCCAUCGGUGAUGUAUAUCGAUAUUUCAUACCAGGGCGUAUUGUCAGAAGCAGUAAUCUCUUAGGAAAAUCAUUUGAAGGAAAACCAUUUUCUAAGUAUAUCCAGGACUUUUCCACAAACGCCCUGAGCAUAAAAACGUCGAGUGUAGAAAACUUUCUCAAAAGAAAGCUAAUCCUGAGUCCGAAAGAAACAGAUAUUCUUUCUCAAAGUCUUACAUCGUCCUUGGACAUCAUCAGAGAAGCACAGAGAGUUCAUUUCAACUUGUUUUCUGACAUGCUUUCGCCUUACAAACAAGCAAUACUAUUAGACAUCGCGUCUUUCGAAAACAAAGGUGACCCUGCUAUUACAACGGGUGAGGUGUUUCUUCUGAGACGCCUCGGUAUAAAACUUCUAUAUUACUGUAAUUUUCAUGCUUGUACGGACAGGAAUCUUGACUAUGCCAAGAACCUGACAACUAGAUACUCCCACAAUGACCUCGUUGUGUUAAUUCACGGAGGUGGGAACCUCGUUGGAUAUUCUGUAAGUGAUAAAUUACGUGAAAAAAUAUUCCAACGGUUUUCCAACUUUAUGAUGAUAUUGUUUCCCCAGAGCAUAUUUCUAAAUAAGAAAUCCAAAAAACAACAUCUUGAAUUUUGUAAGAAAUUGUACCAAAAUCAAGGGAACUUCACCAUGGUACUUAGAGACAGGCAAUCCUUGGGGUACGCGGAGACUUACUUCAAAGGUAAACCAAUACUGAUGAUGGCUCCAGACAUGGCCUUUCAGAUUGGCGCUGUUCCAAGAUUUAUCUCCCCUUCUUUUGAUAUUUUGUGGUUGAAGCGUUCAGACGACGAGACUCCCGGAUACAAAUUGCCCAAACUUCCAUUAGGGAUUACAGUGCACUGUUCAGAUUGGUUGGGUUGGAAAACUCAGACAGGACAUACAACCAUGGAAACUGCUUUCCUGAUAGCCAAUAAUGGGUUGAUAUUUCUGCAGCGUGGUCGUGUUGUCAUCACGGACAGAUUACACGGACAUAUUCUCAGCACUUUACUGGACAUUCCUCACGUGUUGAUUGACAACUCAUAUCGGAAGUUGUCGUCGUAUCACAACACAUGGACACGCGGUCUGGCUAACACAGUGAUUGCAGACAACGCCUCCCACGCCCUAGAACUGGCUGUGCAACUGUUGCAGAAAUAUGGCGACGUUCUGCCACCUAUUGCUCCGUAUAUGGAUGUGGGAGAGGAAUCGCCACGGUAAUCAUCGGCCGCUUGAGAGUAUACUUGGCAUCAUCACUACAUAGUGAUUUAUAAACACAAGCAUGUAUAUGUUACAUCCAAUCACGGCAACUGCCAAUUGCGUGCAUUGGUCAGGCCGUUAGCCCCAUGCGUGCAAUGGGCAAUGCAGCUUGCCCUGUGCAUGCAAUGGACAGUGACGUGUAUGAGUUUUAAAAUCUUAUUUACAGAAGUCAAAAGGACAAAGUUAUUUUAUAAGGAUCUAUUCACCUAAACGAUGACGUUCGCUGAACUAUAUCUACUCAUACAGUUGUAUUUCCUGCUUACAAGCAGGGGUUGGGUUAUGUAUAAUUGACAUACAGUAUAUUGUUUUGAUAUCAAUUUACCUGAAUGAAUGAAACAAGUUAUCCUUUAAAAAAGUGUUCAUUGUAUUACAUUUAGUUACAAUUAGAUUCUCUAUCUUUGAGAGGUAUUUUGAUCUAAAUGCACUGUUUCCCUUUGAUCAUCCCCGAAGCAUAAGUAAAGGCUUUGUGACAACUAGUUAUGUUUCCUCCUAUUUCCACAAACAUUCUGAUGGCAUAUUAUUUUCAGAAAAAGGUUAAACCAAUGCAAAUGUGGCACGAAUUGUUUUAUCUUUGAUAUGAAAAAUAUUAAGUCAAUUAUAUCUACUCAAUUUGAGAGAGUUUGUCAUAUGAUGAUGCCUUUUUAAAACUACCAUUAGAAGUUAAGUAUAAGUAUAUGUUCUGGCCAAAAAACUUUUUUUCUCACAUGCCUCCGUAGGACUACUUAUCUGAUUGAUCGUCCCUGUGUUCCUCUGAAUAUGAACAGAAAGGUAUUGACGUCCUCAAGCGAGGGAGGACUGGACAAUCCAUGCCACUAGGUUGGAGAAAACAGAUGAUGCUAUUAAGACCCUCCAAGAUGUUCAAUUCAUGAGCAAUAAAUAUGAUGAAAAUGCGAAGGAGCAAGCUAUAACUCGCUCAACCACUGAGACAUCGAACAAGCAACAUAAGCUGGAAGUGGGUGGAUUAAUUGAAAAAUGAGAAAGAAGAAUAAAGAGUGUAUUGGCUCCCUAUCUUGUGAUCUACAUCAGGUGAGACCUACAGUGGGAGGAGAUGAGGAAUAAUCUGUUAUUCAGCGGGAUAACAAAAGUUGGAGAAGAAGAGACAUAAGAAAAAUUAACAACAUUCAUAAGGAAACUCUUAAAGUGGAAGAGACAAUAUUGUUUGACAGAGUGCAUCGUCUAGGGCCCCAAAACGCGACCCAUUGUAGCGCGCAUGUAGUCGGACUUUUUCAAUGGAAAACUUUGUCACUUUUGUUUAUAAGAAUUUACAGAUUCAGAAGAUUACUAGCUAAGAUUUCCUAUCACACUACAAUUCACACAAGUCAGUACUAGCCCCAGAGAUGUAUAUCACAUCGAAAUGCUUCAGAUAAAGACUUGCUCUGUGUAUUAGCCAAGUUUCGAACUCUUUCUCAUUGUCUGUAUUCCCAAACUUCGUUAUAGUAUAGACAAGUAGAGAUUGCUGCAGUGCAUCAAUUGUUCCCCGCCAUAUAAUGUCAUAUACAGGGGAAGGAAGUGUAAGCAAUGGGAGAGGAUUGGUUCAAAUUGGUUGUUGUUGUUAAUGUAGUUAUCUUUGGAAAGAACAAUAAAAGAAACAGUGUCUUUAAAUGGCCAUCACAAGGAAAUCCUUGGCAAGACAACACGUAACUUGGCCUAUCAGACAGAACUUGGUAUAUACCCGCUAUUAGUACCAAUAAUAUAACAUAAUUGAUUAGAAGUCCUAAAUAGAAAACACAACAAAUAUCAUUCUUAAACAUGCUUUGCUAGCAAAUAUCCAUAUUUCUGGGCAAAAUGUUGGCUGGGUUAAAUAAAACAAAAUUUUGAAAUAGUAAACACAAAUAAAUGCAAUGAAUCCAUUGAAAUUUAAAAAUUCAUUAAGGGAUUCCCAUUUAUCCAACAGCAAGUUUAAGUACAUACAGGUUGGUCAAGUCAUCUAUAUAUAUUGAGAAUUAUCUUACAUAUUGUAAAAACAAAGCUCAUGGGUCAUAUUUUUCUCACAUAUUCGUUUAAGUAAUCACAAACUAAAAAUUUAAACUGGUAGAUAUACAAAAACACAAACCCCAGUGGAACAACGUCUCUGUAAAACAUGUGACGUCUUAGAAGAUGAGCAACAUUAUGCACUGUCUUGUUUCAAAUACAGACCAAGAAAGAGAAUCACAAAUAAUCCUCAAUCAUAGUAAAGAAUUUGGUACACUGUAAAAAAAUACAAUUCUUAAUAAUUUUUAACAUCAGUUAUCCAGAAACAAUUUCCAAGAUCUGUGAUCUUACCUACAAUUAUAAACAAAUUACCAUAG